GGCCAGCUGCGGCCUCCAGGAACUUGUGGAUGAUUCAGAUCCCACGUGUUUUUGGUGCCUUUCACAAAGCCGGUUUGGUCAGCAACUUCGAGGUUCAAUGGGCUUGGGACUGCAAGGAGCUGCUGAACAACAUCUUUCAACCCCUCUUCGAGGUGGCACUCGACCCUGCCAGUCACGCUGACUUGGCGGAAGUUCUGCCGGUGAUCACUGGCGUGGACAGCGUGGACGACGAGAGCGUGCCGGACCAGUUGUGCGCACGCCGUUCUCAGCUCUACUCGGAGGGGCAGCUCUUGCCCAGCGAGGGCGAUGUCUUGCGGCCGCAGCUCUGGGCGGUGAGUGAAAACCCACCUUAUUCGUACUACUCCUUCUACAUCUAUGUGAAUCUAUGCAGGUUCAACCACCUCUGCAAGAUGCUGGGGCGUCCCUGGCACCUCACGUUUCGCCCACACGCAGGGGAGGCCGGAGAGGUCCACCAUCUCGCGACCACCUUCCUCUUGGCCGAGGGUAUCAACCAUGGGGUGAACCUCCAACACAGUCCAGUGCUGCAGUACCUGUACUUCCUCACGCAGAUUGGCAUUUCGGUGUCGCCCUUGUCUAACAAUGCCCUUUUCCUGAAGAUGAGCAAGAACCCCUUUCCCGAGUUCUUCCAGCGCGGUCUCAACGUGACCUUGAGCACGGAUGAUCCGCUCAUGUUCCACACCACCAAGGAGCCCCUGCUUGAAGAGUACACGACGGCCCGCGCCAUCUAUGGCCUUUCAGGGACGGACAUGUGCGAGAUAGCUGGAAACAGCGUGCGGCAAAGCUCUUUCGCACCCAGAGGCCAUCCUGCAGCGGGGUCUCGAGUCUUGGGCACUUCAAGGGGCUGGCACAUGGACACGCAGUUUUCCAACAUCCCACAGAGACGUCUCAACUAUCGGAGACGGUGUUUGGCGAAGGAGUUGAGCUUCCUGCGCAGCGGCGUGGCCCCGGCCAAGGACGUUCCAACCGUGCCAGAGAUAGAGUUGGACUGGUUGAAGUUGGACUUGUGACCUGCGCCUGGCGGUGUGAAGGAUGUGACUGCUGGAAAUGGCCUCUUUGGCUUCUUUCAUCUUGUCGUCAAAAAUUGAAGAAUUUGAACUUAG